AUGGAGACGGUGGAAGCUGAAGACGAAUCGGUGCUAGAUCAUAUCGAGAUCGGACCGGACCUCAAGGACGACGAGCGAGAGCGAGUCAGAGCUAUGCUGUUGAAAUACAGACGAGCGUUCGCCCUAACGACGAAGGAUAUCGAAGCCACGGAUCUGGGGGUACACGACUUUGAAGUGGACCCGUCGAUCAAACUGUCGACCCGGCCUCGGCGUAUUCGAAUGACACCAGACGAACUACGGGAGGCUUCAGCUCAUGUCGACGAGUUACUAGAGGCGGGAGUUAUCGCACCGAUCGCUCCACAGGACGUCAAAUGCGUUUCGGAUGUUAUCAUGGUUCCGAAG